AUGGAUGGGAAAAUGGGUCCGUAUGAAGUGCCUAAAAUUCAAAUUCUCAAUCGCUUCAUUGAUGAGCCCAGGGAGUUGAAUGUAGCAGUCAUCGGAGCUGGGUUGGCCGGGGUUCUGGCCGGCAUAUUGCUACCCCGAAAAGUCCCGGGGAUUAAACUCACCAUAUACGAGAAGAAUGCAGAUGUUGGAGGAACCUGGUUUGAGAAUAUUUAUCCGGGAGUCCGCUGUGAUGUGCCUGCUCAUGUCUACCAAUCGACAUUUGAGCCAAACACACAGUGGACUGAAGAGCUCGCACAAGGCCCUGAGAUUCUCGAGUACUGGAAAGGAUUGUCGCGCAAGUAUGACUUGUACAAAUUCUUGAAGCUCUCUCAGAGGGUUGACGCGCUGGACUGGGACCCGGCCACAUCUCAGUGGCUCAUCAAAGUCCACGAUCUGAAGUCAGAGACGUCACGAGUCGAUAAGGCGGACUUUGUCCUCACGGCUAUUGGAAGAUUCAAUGCUUGGAAACUUCCUGAUUAUCCUGGAAUCAACGACUUCAAAGGUCUCUUGAGACACACUUCCAAUUGGGAUCCGACGUUCGAUCUCACGGGCAAGAAAGUCGCCGUCAUCGGCAAUGGAGCCAGCGGCCUCCAGCUCGUUGCCAAUAUUCAGAAGCGAGUCAAGCAGCUGGAUCACUACGCCAGGAACAACACAUGGGUGACAGCCUCUUUUGCUGGACAUGAGACGUCCAUUGAGCCCAAAGUCAUCCCCAAGGAGCUCCGUGAGUCGUUUAAGGAUCCGGAGACGUACCUCAAGUACCGUAAAGAGAUGGAGAAGACCUACUUUAGAGGUUUCCAGGGCUGGUUUAAGGGCUCUGAGAUCAAUGAUCAAGCAAGGGAGGCUUUUACAUACCUUGCCCAGAUGCGGCUGGCGGACAAGCCAGAGUUGUUUGAAAGGAUCAUUCCCGACUUCUCUCCUUAUUGCCGUCGACUUACACCGGGACCGGGGUACUUUGAGGCUCUCUCACAACCCAACGUCGAGUACAUCCAGACACAUAUUAAGAGAUUCACCGAGACGGGCAUUGAGACUGUAGACGGACAGACUCGAGAUGUUGAUGCCAUCUUCUGUGCUACAGGAGCCAACUCUGACAUGGCGCCUCCAUUCCCCAUCCGCUCAGGAGGGUCUGAUUUGAGCUACGACUGGAGCCAUUCAGGCACAUACGGUUUCCCAUACGCUUACAUGGGAGUCGCUUCGCCAGGCUUCCCGAACCUCCUCUUCAUUCACGGGCCCAGCGCUACAGGGAGAUCAGGCACAGUGCCUCACAACGUGGAGAAUCAAAUUACCUUUUUUGCAAAGAUCCUGCGCAAGGUCAGUCGCGAGGGCAUCAAGACCAUCACCCCGUCCAGAAAGGCCACCGAUGACUUUGUAGCGUACAAUGACGCCUUCUUCGAGACCACCGUACUAUCUGAGAACUGCAGCUCGUGGUACAAUGGCGGCAUCCCAGGAGGCCGAAUCCACGGUCUGUGGCCCGGUAGCGCAACGCACUUGACCGUAGUCCAAAAAGAUCCGCGGUGGGAGGACUGGGAGUACGAGUAUCUCUCCGACACAGGCAACCGGUUUGCUUGGUAUUUCGGAAAUGGAAGUACUCGGGUCGAGGCCGAUCCAAAGUCGGAUAUCACGCCGUACCUGACUGCCGGAGAGCCUGAUUUGCGAAGUGUUCACGAGAAUUGGUGGGUUAUACCGUAGCCUAUGGACCUCAAAUUGGGAUAUUAGAGUCAUUUCAAAGUUUUUAAUAAAAUUCUAU